AUGAAAGAUGAAAUUGCUGCUGCUGUUUUCUUCAUCACAAAGCUGGUGAAGAGGGAGGGCAAGCUGAGCAAGGAUGGAAUAGAGAAGUUUGCAGAAAAGCUGACCACGAUCCUGUUUGAGAAGUACAAAAAUCACUGGUACCCAGGCAACCCAUGCCGAGGCCAAGCCUUCAGGUGCAUCAGGAUCAACAAGCAGCAGCCCCGGGAGCCCCUGCUGGAGCAGGCGUGCGUGGACACCGGGCUGGACCCCAGCCUGCUGGGCUUGCCCAGGGAGGUGACGGUGUGGGUGGAUCCCCUGGAGGUGUCCUGCAGGUACGGGGAGAGGAACCAGCCCUUCACCGUGGCUCGCUUUGAUGGGAGGGAGAACCCCGAGCUGCCCCAGCACAUCAGCCUGGCUGUGGCCAAGGCAGCCCUGGAUUAUGACUCAGGAACCUCCUCGGAUGAGGAGAGCUUCAGCAGGGAGCCCAAAGCCAUCCCCACCGUCAGCAACCCCAACAGCAUCUACCAGGUGAGCUCUGGGGGAACCUGCUCCCCCGAAAUCCCUCCUAAGGGGGCUCCCCCCCUGCCCUGGUGGCAGUACCAGCACAGGAAGCCCCACCUGGCCGAGGGCUCCCACUUUGGCCAGCACAGGGGCUACAGGGGCUACGGGCCUGGGGCCACCCCCUGUGGGGACAGGUACCACUGGAUCAACCCCAAGAAGUAG